GCUCAGUCCAGGAUUUAUAAGACUUCAGGUUCUGUUGCCUUUGCAUUUUUGCUUCAGCUGGUUGGUGGAAGGACUUGUGGGGGUUAGUUUUCUGGCUCCACGCCUGACGGAGCCAUUUUGUGCUUGUUGCUGACAGGUUGGAAAUGAUCCAGAGAGCUCCUGCAGCUCUCAUGGGUGCUGUGUCCCUGAUUAUGAGAAUAUUGCUGGUCUGUUGGUUGAGUGAUUGGCUGUCCUCUUCAACAACUUCAGCAGAAUUGCAGGGUGGAGCAUGGGACUUGCACAGGCAUGACUACGGAAACCGUCGGCCUCUUCACUACGUUCGCACUCUGAGGCAGCCCAUCAUCGGAAGCUCUCAAGCUUCAGAUGAUCAGGGCAAAACGCAGCAAGGAAACCUCAUACGAAACCAGAAAAAGCCCUCAAAACAAACCCUGAGCCUGCCACAAGUGUUCUCAUCUCAGCCUGCACAGCAAAGAAACCCCCCACCUGCAAGACCCAGAGGCUUUCAGUUGAACCUUGACAUUCCCCUUUUAGAACUGGGACCAAACCAGAUGCCGCACACAGUCACAAAAGUCUCUCAUGAAAGUCCUGCUGCAGAAGUAAAUCUUCUGUCAAGGCCUCAAAGUUCCUCUCCUUCGGUUCCAGAGAAGUCCAGACCAGAUCCACAUGGAUGGACGCGUGACCACGUGCCCAAACUCCAGCUUGGCCUUUCUUCCUCCACAACAGCGAGAACGCCAUCGCUGUCUAUGAGUGACUAUGUCAGACUUGCCCACCUCAUAAAGGAAAACAGAAAUGUUCAGAGCAGAUACAUUGAGCCAGCACAACAGCUACUGGACUUAAUGCAAGCUGAAUCAAGACCACCUCUGAACUACGCAGAUGCUGUUCGCAAACAAGUAUCACAGAUGGGGUCAAGAUGGCCAAUUCUGAGUAGUGAUGCUGGAAAAGGGCAGAACCAGGAGGUUGAGAGUGAGAUACCUGCUGCCAAGGAGAUUGAGGGCUGGCACCCUGCCCAGCAUGGCAGUCCAGCCUUGUCUCCUGCUGGACAGAGUUGGGCUUAUCAGAAGCCAAAUGUUGGCAAAUCCCCACCACACCCUACAAGAAAACAUCCUGAACAAGUUGACUUGUACCCCAAUGCCCACACUGGUAUUGCGCAAGACCGUGAUAGAGAUCCCACUAUUCUGUCUAAGCCCAAUCUUAAUCCUUCUUCUGUUUUACAACAUGACAUUACUCACCAAUUUUAUCAAUUACCCGGGGACAGACAAUAUGGCAACAAUUAUGACCCAGGCAACAUUGAAAUCCAAGGCAGUGUCAAGCUUGGUGAUCCUGCUUUUGGCAAAGGUCUCAUGACGGCAAAAGCUGGUCAUGAGCCUUCCCCUCCAAGACUGCAGCUCAGCUUGUCCCUCCCCAUUCAAGCCAAAACCCAAAAUGUUGACGUCCAAGGUAAUGACAACCAAAAUGUUAAGACUGUAAAACAAAUCACCCAGACUGGCUCCAACUGGCCAUCUUCAAGUCCUGAGUUUACAAAAUCAGCUCCUCAAACUGAGAUGAAACACCCCCAUUUAAGUUUUAAUGCUGGCCAUCAAAGCUAUCAACAGCAACCACAUGACUACAUUCAAAUAAAACCUGCAGUCAAACCACCAUUUUCAACACAGUACUCAAACCAAUGGAUGCCACGACCCAACCAGGAUGAAACCCCCACUGGGCAGAGCCCAGCAGUUCAUAAACCAGCAACAACUAGACCAUCUGCAGUUUCCUACAGUCCAACCAAUAGCAGACAUGACUCCUACAGCAACUAUCAAGGCUCAAGAAACCAUCUUGACAAAGCCGUUGGGCUUACUCCAUCUCUGCCUCACAAGGCUCCCAGCUCAUACCACACUUCAGGCGUGUUCUCUGAACAGUCCCAUGGCAUUCAACAUGCCUCUGCUCCUGAGAGUGAUCACUAUGGUAGCUUUAAACCAUCCACAGAGCGUUCAAGGACUGCAGAGAGGAUGCAUCAUGGUUCUAUGUAUGACCAUACAACACUGAUGCCUCCCAACUGGUAUGCUGCUGCUGCGACCUCUGCUUAUGAAACAAGGCCACACCACCAACAGAAACACGUCUUUUCUGAGGAAUCGUCUCAGCACAGACACAGGUUUCCCUCAGGCCACGAAACUCAAAAGACAUUCCCAAAAUUGGAAGCUGGUCACCAUGUUCGCGAUGGGCAGGACAAAUCUGCAAAGAUUUUUAUAAAUUUUGACCGUGGAGUUGUUGCCAUUGAUGGUCAAUCUGAUACUAAAACUAACGGCUAUCAUGGCAAAUGGGAGGGAGAAACUGAGGGACCACAAAGUCAAACUACCAACCCAAGUACGAUCAAUCUGCAGGCUCUGAUGACUCUGGACAAAGGUGCGCUUACAGAUCUGCUAAAGUCUCACCAUCAGAGCAGAAGGCCUUCAUACGUUCAGAGUGGUUGCAUUGGUCAAGCAGGUGACUGUUCUCAGCAGGCCCGUUACUUCCCAAAACAGGACUCAUACACUCCAUAUGCUGAAGCAACUUCUGUCACCGUUCCUUCAAAUGCUCAGCAGCACUUCUUUGAGUCGAGGUCUUACCAUAUAUAAGAGGUCAUCGAGGAACCUCGGCUGACGAGUUCAAAGCUAUGCCAGUAAAUUUUAACUCUUGCACUGUUGCCUUCUAGUUCUUUUGACAAGCUUUCCUGUUUACGUUCAGGUCAACCCCUACCCAUGUAUCAUGUGUUGCUUCUAAAUGCUUGAUCUUAAAAAAAUAAAUAAAUAUAAUUUUCAAAAUGA